AUGGACAGCAAUUUUGUACCACAAAAAGCGAAACAAUUAUUAUUAAAGAAUUUUGGUAGUAGCCAGGAUAUUGACAAAUUUCAAACAGAAGUAACUGAUUUUUACCGACGAUGCAUUCCAUACAUUGAAUUGUGGGAAGACAGUUUCGGAGGAGCCGACAUUUAUUUAAUGGAUUGGACUGAAUCACGUAUUGAAUGGGACGAAAUCGAAGGAUCUGCUGAAAUUAUAAACAAAAUACAUGCUUCGGACGAUCGACAAAAUAUUAAUACUGACAACCUUUUUGACGAGCUGUCACUUACGAAAGUUUUUAUAGCAUCAAAGAAUGAUGAAUGGAAUUCCACGACGAUACAAAUUGAUUAUGUUGACAAAUGGGUUCUACUAUUUACAGAAAUAUAUUAUUUAUAG